AACUUUGUAGAAUAUACAUUUUUUAUUACUUAAUAUGAAUUCGUAACUACAUUGCUAUUAAAUCAGAACAAAUAAAGAGUAAAAAUAAACGAGUUUUAAAUGAACGUUCAAAUUCUUUUAAAAGAUAUCUGAAAGACAAUCACACAGAUUUUAGAAAAAAAUGCAAGAAUAAUUUUGUUCAAUAAGUUUAUCAUGUUUGGAGUUUUUUGAGCCAACUGACUGAAGAAAUGUAUAAUUAAGAGAGGACAAAUUUUUUAGGUUAUAAGAUUUAAGGAAAAGAAUUAUUCAGCAUAUUCGUAUAAAAUACAAGUUUUUACCCUAGUCAACCAAUACAAAGGUAAAAUUUAAUAAAAUUAGGGUCUAGUAACAACGAUAAGACAUGGAUUCUUUAAUCAAAGGUUUAGGCGACUCGCAUUCGCCAAAAGGUUUAUUAGCAACGAGCCAAACUGAAGAUGUUCUUUAUGAAAAGAUUUUGCAGUUAUUUUAUUUGUGUGAUACUGACAAUAAAGGCUAUGCCACCCGCGACAAUCUUUAUCAAUUACAAGACGAACUAGGCUUGAACAUCGAUGAAAUUGAUUAUGCAUUUGAUCAACUUGAUACUGACAAAGACAAUCAUCUCACGCUUGAGGAGUUCACAGCCGGGUUCGGAUUGUUUUUAGGGUUGGAGCAUUCUAUUUGCAGUAAGACAGUUUUUCCUAAUGAAGACUUUGCAUUUCAGGUGUUUACAUUGAUCGACAAGCAUGAUAAUGGAUAUAUCACAAAAAAUGAUUUAUAUGAAUCAGCAGAUGUGUUAGAAAUCGAAACAUCGCAAAUAGAUAGUUUAUUUCACAAGCUGAGUUAUGGUAAAAGUGAGCGUGUUUAUUUUGAAAAUUUUACGAAAAAUAUGUUUGUUAUUGUUUCUUUGUCGCCUCCUUUAAAAGAAAUAAAGCGAAAGGAACAGGUUAAGGCUCGUAAUAUACGGAAGAAAAAUCUAGUUGCAAGGAUUUGUCACAUGGAUUUAUCAUCCUUUACUGAUGAGGAUGUUGAAAAAAUUCUUCUUGACCAAGCAACAAACAUAUUUCAUAGAUGUGACAUUGAUAAAAAAAACUAUGUAACCCUUCAUGAUUUGCAUUCUUUGUCUAUAGAUUUUGCAUUGCCAGAAGAAGUUAUUAAUGAAGCUUUUAGUCAUUUAGAUACCAAAAAAGUUGGUUUCUUAACUCUGGAUGAGUUUAUAUAUGGUUUUGGAUGUUUUUUGGGGAUAGAAGAUGUUGCUACUGAUUAUACUGCAAAUGAAUGCACAAUAGAUGAAGAAUCAAACUUUAAAGCUCAGGAACUUUUUCAAAUGUGUGAUCAAAACAAUAAAGGUUAUGUUACAAAGUAUGACUUAAAUGCACUCACUUCAGAACUAGGGCUGACAGACAAACAAAUUUCUGAUAUAUUUAUGCAACUAGAUCAAGAUGGGAAUGGUUUUAUAACAUUAAGCGAGUUUAAACAAGGUUUUAUUUCAAUAGUAGAUAAAAGUAUUUCUAAAAGUGCAAUACUUGAUAUGGAUGUUGAUAAUUCCAAUAUAUCUAGUAAUAAAGUAAAAUAUUUAAAAGUUGAAAAUAAUCAUGAAAUUGAAAUGAAAAAUGAGAAAUUUUUUACUGAGCGUCAGAAAAGUGUUCAAUAUGAGUCAGAAGUAAAUGGAAUUGAUGAGAUGUUAUGCUGUUUAGAAGAACAAGUUGGGAGCUCAAUAUCAAAAGAUCAACUGUUGAGGUUAUGGAAUUCUGUUUCAAGUUCAGGUGAUAUGAUGCUUACAAAAAUGUUUGAGACAUUUCUUUUGAAAGUUCACAAUGAAAUAAAAUCUGCAAAAAAGGAGGCAAAAUAUUUAGAAGAUGUUCUUGAAAAAAAGUCUGCAUACCAUUCAGAAGAAAUAAGUAGAAUCUGUGAUGAAAUGGAGGCACAGCUGCAAUUAGAAAGAUCAAAACUAAUGCAAAAGGAAACUAUGAAGGAACUACAAAUCCGUGAGGAUUUACAGCAAGAGUUAGUUGAGAAAGAAAAACAUAUUGAAAAAUGUAUGCAAAGACAAAUUGCUCUUGAAAAGAGAUUGCAAGAAGUAAAAGAUAAAGAACAGUAUCUUAAACAACAAAAUAUUGAACUUUUAAAGGAAAACAAUGAACUAGAAGAUAAACUAAAUAACUCAAUAACAAGCUUUGAAGUACUUAAAUCUAAUUUGUUACACCUUGAAGAACAAACUUCACUUGAAAAAAAAGAAACUCUGAGAGCAGCAUUACGAGCAACACAAGGAAUGUCUUAUGAGCAUGAGGAUUUAAUACGAAGGCUCGAUGCAUUAAGGAAAAUGAAUCAAAAGCUAAGAGAUGAUCGUGAUGCAAUUGAAGCAACUCUGAAAACUAAUGUUGCAUUACCAGAAUUGUCGCCAAUUUUAGAGCAAAAAUCACAUAUGGAAAAAAAAAAAUUUUCAAGAAUGACUUCAUCCCCAUCUCAUAAACCUUUAACAAAACAAGGAUCAGUGAUGUCGGCGUAUUUUGAUUCAAAGAGUGACAUAUGUAAUCCAGAUAAUGAGCAGUCACUAGACUUUAGUAGUCGCACUUUUUCGUCAAGCAAUGAAAAGCUCAAUUUUGGUAAACCAGAUUUGAUUGAGACUGAAGAAACUGAUUUUGAAUGUGAAGACAUAUCAAAAGCACAUCUAGAUCAGCCUCCAAUAUUUAGUACUCCAAAAUCUCCUCGUUUGCCACCUGUUGGAAGUAAUAGUGAAGAUGACCCUGAGAUAUCUUUAACUAUGCUAAAACAUCCGCCAGAAAAUCCGAAUCGUGUGUAUAAAAUUGUUUUUGUUGGCGACAGUGGUGUUGGUAAAAGUAGCUUUAUCUACCGUUUCUGCCACAAUGAUUUUCGUCCAAAUUUUAGUGCAACAAUUGGUGUAGACUUUCAAGUAAAGACUUUAGAAAUUUGCAAUAACUGGAUUGCACUUCAACUUUGGGACACUGCUGGUCAAGAAAGGUUUCAAAGUUUGACUAAGCAAUACUUUAGACGUGCAGAUGGAAUAAUAAUAAUGUUUGAUUUGACAUCAGAGACUUCAUUCACUAAUGUGAAAGGGUGGAUGCUCAGUGUUGAGGAAGGAGCUGAACCAGAUUGUGUCAUUGCUCUAAUAGGUAGCAAAUCUGACAUGGUUGUUGGAGAGAAUAAUAAUCAGAGAAAAGUAAAUAAAGAGGCUGCAGAAAAAAUUGCAAAAGAUUACAAUGCAUUGUAUUUCGAAGUUAGCGCACGUUCGGGAGAAAACGUCAAUGAAACUAUUGUUGUCCUUGCAAAAAAAAUGAAAGAUAAUGAAGAUUCGAUUUUACAAAACAGCAUAAUUUCACUAAAUUCUAACAGAAAUCUUCCAUCUCUAAAAGAUAAAAAAAAGAAAAACAAUUGUUGCAAAUAGCUUCAAGAUUUUAUAGAAGUUAAGUUUGUCGGAAUUUUUUAUAUAACCAAAUGGCUUUA